UGCUAAUCAGAGGUCAAAGUCUGCACUCAGGCUCGCAGUCAGACCAGAGGGUGUUUUUGUUUUGCUGCUCCUUCCUCUGAAAUCUUGUUAACAACACAUCUCCUUGUGGCGGAUACCUGCUUCUGGAUUCUGAUUUACCAUCAUGUUACUGCGGACAGUGGUUCUUCUUGUCUGCGUGUCUUUGGGCACGUGUGCCACUCUGGGAUACUACCACAAUGGAGAAAAAGAAGAGGCUGUUGUUAUUGAUGCGGGUGGUGCAGCUGAUCCACAAGUUGAACCUAACGUUAAAACACGUCCAGUGGAAAACCAGGGAGCGGCCCAACCUGAGGUGGAGCUCCACACGGCAGGUCUGGAGACAGGAAGUGCCAAGUUGUAUUUGGAAGCUGUCACCAAGGAGGAAACCCCUGCCGGGGAGGAGGCCAAUGAGAUCAGGCCAGUUCAGACCAGCAGGUCUCCAAGCAAACCUGAAGAAGAAACCAGCGGCUGGAGCCUGAAUUCAAUACGGAACAGUUUUCAGACGGUACACGGAUACUUUGAUUCCCUUGUGGAGCUGGUUGGGGGGCGUGAUGGCGUAUGUCAGUACCGCUGCAGAUAUGGUGAGCAUCCGCAACCUCGGCCAGGUUACCAGCUCCAAGAGCCCAAUGGCUGCAGUUCUUCGUUGGUGGGAUUCCAGGUGAAUGCUGCUCUCGACAUGGGAAUCCCAGCUAUGACAAAGUGCUGCAACCAGCUUGACAUUUGCUAUGACACUUGUGGCGUGAACAAGUACGACUGCGACGCCAAGUUCCGCUCUUGUCUGCACGACAUCUGCUCUGACCUCAAAAAGAGCCUGGGGUUUGUGUCAAAAGUACAAGCUUGUGGAUCAAUGGCAGAUGCGCUCUACAACACAGUGUGGACCCUUGGUUGCAGACCUUACAUGAACAGCCAGAGGGCAGCGUGCAUCUGCGAGGGAGAGGAGAGGGAUGAACUGUGACAGAAUGACAACUCCUCAGAUGUUGGUUUAUCUCAUAAGAGCCAGGAAUUUAAAAGAUGCAAAUGGAGAACUUAAGAGGGCAGUUUCACAGAUUUAUUAAUGUACUUGCAAGUAUUACAGGUUCAAAUAUGGCUUUGAGAAUUUUAAUUAUUUGCUCAUGCAAAUUUACCUCUCAGUACUCCUCAUUUGGGUCAAAUUUGAGCCUUUAUGACUCCAUUACCAUAAAUCACUUAAUGACUCCACACGAACGUGUCUAUGAUAGGAAGAUGAAGGGGAUACGGUGGUCUGAUUAAUUUCAUUCAACGAGAGAGAUGCAAGAUAAUUACAGAGGUGAACACGGAUCAUCACGUUCUGCUGUUUAACAUUUAUUAUUAAACUCACUAAAGCUGUUGUGUAGGUCUUUUCAGGUGAGUUUCUGUGGAGAGAUUAUGAAAUAAAUUAUAUCUCACCUGUUGUAGAUAGUUCUUUUGAAACCAUCAUAAAAUGGAUUGCUGCCAUCUUGGAAUUGCUUUAUUCUCAAAAAUGUCAUAAACUUAAACUUUUUAUUGAAUAAAUUAUUAUUUAUAUAUACAUGGAGAAGUGAUCAGCAGGAUGAGAAACAGCUGAGUGAUUUUCAGAAGAGGCAGGCGUGCAAUGGUGGUGAAUAACUGGGGAGCAUUGGGGACGGCAUUAAUCCAGAUUAUAGCUGGCCCCACUCAGGCUCCACUCUAAAAAACAAAAUGCUGAAUUAACAAUCAAGUUAUGUAAUUUGUUCCACCAAACUUAAUUGCUUAACACCCCCCCCCCCCCCCAUUGUCUUUAUGGGUGACCCCGUGCGGGAAGUUGACCAUUGAGCAUGAUUGCUGGGGUGAGGUGGUGCUCACUCCUCACCCCUGCCACAUGAACCCGAGGGAUAAACCAUCAACACUGCUCAAUGAUCAACUUUCCACGCGGGGUCACACCCAUUAGGACAGUGGGAGGGAUAAAUGUAAAAUAUAUAUGUUAAAAGUAAAUUACUCUUUAUAAUUAAGCAGCUAGGUUUAGUAGAACCACUUGACAUAACUUGGUUAAGUUAAAUGUUAGAGUGUAGGCAUCAUCUCCAUCUGCUUCUCCAAACUGAAGUUAUUCAAAUAGCUAUCUGCAACAGGUAAGAUAAUUAUUCCACAAAACAUUUAACUAUGCCUUUAUGUCAUUACCUAUCCAUGUAACGUCUAUUACAAUGUUGAUGUUUAAUGUAAGUUGUCUGGCAUUUACAUUAGACUUUUUAUUAGAGCAUUGUUUAUUUCCUGCUAAAAUGGCACAAUUUCCUCUAGAUUGAUCAAUAAAUUAUGCAGUGUUUAAGUCAGAGUCGUGGAUUUAAAUGUGUCUAUAGAUGGACAUUUACAAAUCUAUGAAGAGUGUGACUCAAAUGAGCGUCAACCCGGCUCAGGUUGUUGAGAAUAAACCGUAGCUCCUCUCAGAGGUUUCUAAUGGAAAAGUGAGUCACUUUAGUGUCAGUAAAUAGAGCUGAGACACACAAACCCAGGUGACUUCAUCAUCACCAGAAGUGUAUAUGUGUGUAUGUGUGGGACUUUAAAGGGACAGUGCAAUAGAUGUUUCUUUUCGUUUGCAUCCAAAUAAAACAAAUUAUGGGUCUA